UCUCAUCUACACAAAGCCUAAAUUUAGGUCCUUUUUCAUCAACGUUUUUAAAAGUCAACGUUCAGGGAUCUUAAAAUAAAAAAUAGCCGAAUUUGUAUAAGCAAUGCAUAAGCAAGCUCUUAUAAGUAAGCACUUCAAAGUAAUAGAAACUUAUACCUUUUACAAAUGCGUAUAUAUUUUUUGCAACGACCAGGAAAAAGAUCGCCGUAAGCGAGGCCCAAAAGCUCAUGACAUAACCACAGAGGGGAUCCUGUGGCGUAACUAGAGAGCCUCAAAGACUUGAAUUGCGAAAGUCUCUACGUUGAAUUGCUGGUCCCGUUUCAUUCCAGUUCUCCGUAAUGUCCUGUAUUGUAGUAAGCGUUACCUGUUAGAAGUGAUCGUCGAUCAAAGAGCAUAGAACGAACCUGUUAGUCAUAAGAUUACUUAACGAAAACAAGUUGCGUUUUUUUCUCAAACAGCAAGAUGUAUGGCAUUUUCAAAAUUCCUCAGCUUGGUUUCAUUGGUGCAGGAAAGAUAGUUGAAGUUUUAACCAAAGGGUUUGUGGCUGCUGGGAUUGUACAAAACAAUAACAUUUGGGCAAGCUCGCCUGUCGACAGAGACUUGCACUGGAUUCGGCAUCUCGGAUGUAAUGUAUCUUCAAAUAAUAAAGAUAUUCUUGAUCGAAACCAGGUAGUGGUUCUUGCCGUGAAGCCACAAAUACUGCCAAAUGUGCUCAAAGAGAUUGCCCCUUCAGUAACCGAAGACCACCUCGUGAUUUCAGUGGCAGCUGGGAUGACUCUGUCGAAAAUCGAGAGCGUCUUGCCACAAAAAUCUAGGGUUGUACGAAUAAUGACGAACACACCUGUGAUGUUUAGAAAUGGUGUCAGUGCAUUUAGUAUGGGGAAAAAUAUUAAAAAUGGAGAUCAUGAGACCAUAUACAAGUUGCUAUCUUCCAUUGGGUAUUGUGUUGAGGUGAAAGAAGAUUUAAUGGACACUGUUACUGGCUUUGCUGGGGGCGGCCCAGCUUACAUAUACACUGUGAUAGAGGCACUGGCUGAUGGCGCUGUCCGUGGGGGGAUUAACAGAGCAGAUGCAGUGAAAAUGGCAACUCAGAUUACGAUUGGAGCGGCACGUAUGGUACAGGAGACCGGGCUCCAUACAGGCGAAUUAAAGGACGCUGUAUGUUCACCGGGGGGAACUACCAUUGUAGGUGUACAAGCUCUCGAGAAAGGGGGUAUCAGAGCGACAUUGAUGGACGCAGUACAUGAAGCUGGUUGUAGAGCAAAAGAACUGGGCAAGUCAUUUAACGGUGGUCCUAAAAAUUGAAUGCUGCAACAAAUGCUAUCUUUUUGAAAAAAUUCCAGAUCAAUAGUUGGCGAGGGGCAAAUUGUCGCUUGUUUUAAACAUGUAAUUAGUACCAAUCAGAGCUUAUGUUGAAAACUGGGUUAUUGAAACAAGAUGCAACAAAUUGUACAAGCACUACAAGGAGGUAAUGAAAGGUAAUGAUUUGGCAGUAUCACGGAAAGAUGUCAAACUGACAUAAGAUCUCGCUUCAUCCAAAGCAGCAUUCAAAAAUAAUUUACAAAGAGGUGGCUAGAACAAUAAUAUGGCUUGGGAAAAAGCUUUAUCAUGGUCACGUUUUUGUGACGAAUGGAUCAAAAUACAGAUUGCGACUGUACAUACUUUGUAGCACCAUUUACUGUCAAUACCCAUAAAUAAAGCCACGUCAGCGAUACAAAAUCAAGUUUUGCUCUCCAAAUAUAGAUCACCAUUUUGGAUAUAGAAUUAAAGUUGAAUUUGUGUAAAAAGCUUGCUUUAUAAUAAAAGAUAUGCUGAAAAUUGGUUAGUUUUUCGUUUUUCUAUGAAGUUUUUGUAGAAAAUUGGUUUCUUGUGUUGGAAUUCUAUAUCAUUUCACCAAUAUUCUGAAUUGUUUAAGCACUGAAACAAGUUAAUAGUUUAAAAAGUCCGAAAUAUCAUGAAAAAGAGUUGUGAUGGUCAUGCUUUAAAAAAUGAUCUAGUCAAGAAUAGGUAAUUGAUUUAGUCAAGCUUCUAAAUAAGAGCUGAACUUUCAAACAUAAAUGAAAAUUUUGAUAUAAAGUAAGCAAUGUAUUUUUAAAAGUAUUUUAUCAUAUAUUAAGGUAUUAAUUAUUCAUAAAUUUAUAUAUGUUAUAUAUCUAUCAAUAUUUAAAGACAUUAAGCCACAGCCAGACAUCAAACCAAUAAGAUUUUAUGCUCAAAAUUUUUCAGAUUCCCAGAAAGAAAUGUUUAACCUUUUGAAAUAGAUACUUCUCCAUCAAGAAUAUCUAAAGAUAAGAAUUGAAGUCUACAAAUAUUUUAUCUAUGCAGGUAGCAAAGUAAGAACAUGUGGAAUUGAUGAGACAACUGAACUGACAGAUGCCUAGUAGAAACUUUGUUUCAAGAACACUGGCUAAGAAAUGAAAAUAAAAAAAUGCAAAGGAUAACUUUUUCAAACAAGCUUUCUUAGCUAUAAAUGAGCUGAUAAAAGUUCUUAAUAAGAAUCAAUAUCUACUAUCAUAUACAAAUUUCAUUUUUCAGUCAGAUCUACUUUGUUCAAAAUUUAAAAAGCAAUUAUCAUAACCAAUAUUUAAUUAUUGACCAAACUACACCAUUGUUAAGAAACAGGCCUAAAAGAUGUCCUAUUAAAAGCAUAAUUGCCUGCCAGCAUAAUUUGAAAACACUUGUAUCUACUUCAUUAAAUAACCUGAUCUGUGCUUAAAUAAUUGGUGCCAUAAAAGCCAUUUGUACUACAAACUGCUAUUUAAUUCUGCAUUGAUUGGUAACUUUAAUAUGAGCUAAAAAACCACUUAUCAUUUAGGCUCUUUUCUACAUAAUUCAGUUGAAUAAUGUGGACAAAUUUUCUAACUGCUAUUUAAAUAUGGCUAUGUCCUAUAGUGAAUCUGAACUUUGCCAAACUCCGCAUUAAAAUGUAUACAUGUAAUGUUUGAUGUGGAAAUAGAACUAUAUUGAC